AUGACAGCAUUCGCUCGAGAUUCUCAUCAAGUGGAGAGACCGCGCGCUGCGCUUAGCUCGGGCAGCGAUUCGGAAGACGACGACGACUUCGUACCAGAGGCAGGUCCGUCUCGUGGCACCGCAAAACGCUCCAAGCCCUCGGACAGGCGCCAAGUACCGUCCGCCGCUGCCGGUCAAGCGUCGGAAGACGACUCGGACGAUGCGGACUCGGAUGCAGGGGACGAUGCAGCAGAAGUGCCAUUACCCGCCGGGGAGGAGAUCGACGCAGACGAGUUGGAAGCCCUCAAGCGGGAACGUGAGGAACUCAUAGCGGCCGCUGGCGGUGAGGACCGGCUCGGCAAACGCAGAAGGCUGGCGCCAAAUAUCGGAGAGACCGUCGCAGAGUCGAAAACAGCAAAUGACGAAGCAGAUGCAUUGAAGGCAAAAGCCAUGGCAGAAUGGGAGGCUAUAAAAGGGUCCGAUACUGCUCGUGAACCCAAAGGGGAAGCCGCAACAUCAACAUCCAGCAUCGUCAACGCGUCGGCCACACCAUCAGCAAGUGCAGGAGAUGACAUGGUAUCGGUUCCCACAACGUACAAGUUCGCUGGCGAAGUUCACGUAUCAACACGCUUGCUACGACGCUCGCAUCCCGAUGCUAUCAAGCAUCUCACCACGCAAACUAUGAGCAAUGCAACGGCGAAUUCCGCACCGUCAACAAUAUCAUCCGCAUCGAGUCAUCCGACCGCGGCCCGCCCCGGAACUGCAACCGCAGCGGACCGACCACGUCCAGCACCUCCCGGGCCGAGGCGGAAGAAACAGUCGUCGCUCGCGGCGCUCUCGGCUUCGGCCUCCUCCGCCAAGCCGACCAAACUCAACACGCUUGAGAAGAGCAAGCUCGACUGGGACUCGUUUAAGUCGGAUCAUUCAAAGCUCUCGCAGCAGGAGCUUGACGAGCUGGAGCAUCAGACGAAAGGCGGCGGUAAGGGUCUUGGCGACAUGAAAGGCUACCUCGAGAGAAGCGACUUUUUGGAUCGUGUCAAAAAUCGGACUCAGUAG